AUCAGGAUGGGCCUACCUGUGAGUAUAAGACCUGGAGGUGAGCAUCCAGAGCUCGCAUUGCAUUGUUGCUUCUACUCAGCACGAAACAAACAUGGCAUCUGCAGGCCUCCAGGUUAUGGGCAUCUUUCUGGCAGCCAUCGGCUUCAUCGGAGCCAUCAUCACCUGCGCGCUGCCCAUGUGGAAGGUGUCUGCUUUCAUCGGGAACAACAUAAUCGAGGCGCAGACCUUUUGGGAGGGCCUGUGGAUGAACUGUGUGAUGCAGAGCACCGGGCAGAUGCAGUGCAAAAUCUACCCCUCUAUGCUGGCCCUCGCUAAUGACUUGCAAGCGGCCCGGGCCCUGAUGGUGCUCUCCAUCCUGGUCUCCUUGAUGGGACUCCUGCUCGCUGUGGUUGGAGGAAAAUGCACCAACUGCAUCGAGGACGAGGAGGCCAAGAGCAAGGCAGCCAUUGCUGCGGGCGUGUUCUUCAUCGUCGGCGGUGUCAUGUGCCUCAUCCCUGCGUCCUGGACGGCGCACGAGGUCAUCAGAAACUUCUACAGCCCGAUGAUGCUGGAGGCGCAGAAGAGGGAGCUCGGAGCGUCUCUGUUCAUCGGCUGGGGAUCAGCAGGACUGCUGUUGGUUGGAGGGGCUCUUCUCUGCUGUCAGUGUCGUCAGCGUAAAGACGACCGAUACUCCGUCAAAUAUUCUGCCCCACGCAAAGCAGCCAGCGCAGGAGCCUACGUGUGAAACCUUGUUAUGAUCUUAAUCUCAUUAUUGCUUUCAGCUGUUUUUAUUGAAUUCUUUUUAAAAAUAAAUUUAACUUUGAAAUCACUGCAAUUUUUUAAAAUCCCUCUGUUUAAAUGGUGGAAAGUCAGAAUUUACGCUGGUGUGUUUAGCACGUGGAUUUUUACUCCGCUUUUUCAUUAUUUUGAGUUUUCACCCCAUGCAUCCACAUGGCAGCGCUUUCUAUUUUCAUAGACACAGGUUCUGCUAAUCACCCCGAUGAUAAGUGUUAAGGGAGGACAGUGGAAACCUGCCACGAACGCAGCUACAUCAGAAUCUGCUCUGCGUUGAGUUUAGCCUGUGCUGCUCUUAUUGGGAUGGGUCAAUUAGAAAGGCUUCUUGAUGUGGUUUCUGAGGGAGCUACAGUACAAAAGCUUCUCUCAAAGGGAACUGCUUUGCCCACCAUCU